AUGUCUUUUCUAAAAUCAAUUUUGGGCUCCUGCCCACUAGCCUAUUUUAUGUUUUCUGUGAUAUCGGCGAUAGGGGGCGCAUUUAUUCCCUUGUUGGUGUCAUUGCAUACGCUACUUUCUGAUCACUUUGAAGUGGGACAUUUACCACAGACGGCAUACCUGACUGCGAUAGUAGCGGGAACACUUGUUUCCUCCAUUAUUUGCGUUAUAAGUGCCGAGAAAUAUCGGGAUUACAUCUGUUUUUUGGCCAUUACCAUGGUACCACCCGCUUACGCCUUCUCACUCUAUUCCAUAUUAAUUAACAAAACAUGUUAUAUCACAUAUAUUGUAUCCAUUGGCAUUGGGGGAAUGCUUUUCGGGGUAAUUUCCACUACGGUCAUUUCUUCAGCCUCCUCAAUUAAUCCGAUUAGCACAACUGCUUACGUUUUCGGCAUCCAACUAGCCAACCUUGUUUGUUCUAUAGUAUACCAUUACAUCUCAUACAAUCCUGAGGAUUAUGAUGAUUCAAAACGCUCGGAAAUUCUGUUCAAGAUGCACUCGUUUCCCGUGCUUUUUGGAUUGGUUUUUUCUAUAAUUUUUAUAAUAUACGUCAAAUCUUCGGUUAUUGCUGAUGUAAAAGAUAAAAAUGGCAGAGUAGAUGACGGGUCCAAUUCUAACUCACUUUUUGAUGUUAUAAAGGACAUGAUGAACACUUACGUUGCAUCUGGACUGGUAGCCUUCUCGAUCCUGAUUGAAUCUAUCUUCAUCCCAAGCAUAAUCCCAUAUGAACUAAAACUUCCGGAAGAUGAAAUCCUCUCAACCAUCAUUUUAAAUGCCUUCUACGCGGCGUUAGGUGCAUUGAUUAGUGGAAUCGUCCCCCUUUCUGACAAAAGUUUUGCUUUCAAAUUUAUCUUAUGGCCCAUUAAUUUGUUGCGUAUUCCAGCAUUGUUAAUUGCGGCACAAACGAACUUUUUUGAAGUCACCCCAUUGUACAUAUCAUCCGCUAUAACCUUUAGCGGGAUGCUCCAUGGAUAUUCAGUCGGCAGUUCCUUUGCCUGUAUUUCUGGAACUACCAAAGGGAACAAGUCCCAAGCUUACGAAUUUAACACCUUUAUUUAUAUCUUUUUCAUGGCUAUCGGGAAUGCUUGUUCCACUAUCUACGUUCAACUUUCAAAAUAA